CACUUUGUUUGAAUACAUGCAGUGAAGAGUUUAUGUUUUGGAUUGCUUUGAAAAUUUGACAAUCCCCGAACUCCGAGUUAUGUGAAGCAAUGUGACACGAAUGGGAAAAGGAGUGUUAGGACAAUACAAAGAGUUAACAUGCAGGGAAUAGCGUUUGCUGUAAUUGUGGCCAUUGGCCUAGCAGCAGUUGCGUAUUUUGCAUCAGUACAGCGUCCUUUGACUCACGGUCCAGCUGACUCCAGUGAUUAUGAACCAAGAAAUUCGUGGACACCCCAGAGGGAAUCAACUGGCUGUGCACAGCAGCGCAAGAAAAAGAAGAAAAAUACAGACUGUCCAAUAUGUUUCGAGAAAAUUGUACCAGGCCCCAAAGUAAAGGAACUACAGUGUGAUCAUUGGCUCCAUAAUGACUGUGCAACGAGAUGGUUCAAGGAGAGACCGGUCUGUCCUUUAUGCAUCAAGCCUGCGUGAGAAACAAAGUGCCUUGACAUCUGGAGUGAUAAAAUUCAUGUUUUAUAUCAUGAAUUUAAAUUGAUGUGAUAUUUGUGUUAAAUUGAUAAUGUGAUACUUGUGAUACUUGUUUACAACAUUUAUAUUGGGCUGCUCAUCAGUGUUCCUUAAUUUCUUCUUCUUUUCCUUACAAAUGUGGUAUACAAAUUUUUAAAAAUGAUAAUUCUACCAACAUUUGUGUGUAAAAAUGCUAUAAACUGUUAGGAAGUAAGUCACUAUUUAGAGAUAGAUUCUCUAACAGCUGUAACUGUAUAGAAAGUAACAAAGUUUUAGUUACUAUUUGUAUGUGUCAUAUGGAACUGGUAAUUUUAUUCUGAGAUAUUUGAAUUGUAUUUCAAAAUAAUUGUAAUAUUAGUUUUAUUAAAGGCUUCCUCUCUGGUUAUUAAGAUGACAUAUUGCUACCAGAUAAGAAAAAAUAAAAGAUUCUUUGUUUGCAUUAGUACAAAAAAGAUAACUUUUAGUGAAUCUAAAACCCUCAUUUGUCUAAAAUUGAAACUAAGGACUUCAAAUGCAUAUUUUGCAACAAGGCAUACCAUCAAUUACUCAAACAGUUUGAAACUAGGUAAUGAGUAUUUACAUAUCAUCUGUAAAUCUUCUUUUAAUACCAUUACUUCCCAGCAGUAGACCACGAUGCCUUUGCAACAACACAACAUUGUUUCUGUUAACUAACGGUGGCGUCAUGCCUUAGGGAUUCCUCAGUUAAAGCAGAAAUUGUCUGCAUCUAGCACAAAAGUUUUGUAAAAGGCCAGAUCUGGAGAUAUGAGUGUUUCUCGUAACUUAAUCCGUAGUGUUUGCAUGUGUGAACAGGCCUUCAUACUUGAUACUUGCAUUACAAGGGAGGAUGGCUAACCAUAACCAGCUAGUGCUCUCUCUAAAACCUAUAUCAUUGUUCUGAAAUGUCACUUGAACUGUGCCUUUGUCUGAAUUUAAGAUAUUAAAAGUGUAAUGUUGCAAGACUCGAGGACACACCAAUUGCAUUCAUAGUAAGUGUCCAGCACUAUCUGACCUCACAUUGUUAUGAAUAAAUG